GUGGGCCACCGUUCAGCACCCCGGUGUACCGCCACCACCUCGACCUGUCCCUCCGCCCGUCGCCGUCGUUUCGACGGACUCUCUCGGUCUCUCCUCUCCCAUUCAACGCUGUUCCAGAAGCCGACACCCUCUCCUCGCCCGGCGCGCCGCGCCACAGCCGCCGUCCCGAGCGUCCUGCAGGAAAUUCAAUCUGAUCCAUCCACCAUGGCCUUCGCCAGCUCGCUCCUUCCUGCGCCGCCCUCGCGCGUCUGCGCGGGUCCCGCGCCCGAGUUCGCCGCCUUCUCGCCGGCCAAGAAGGGCGUCUCUCUCGCCGCCGUGCGCCGCCGGGGAUCACGGCACGGAGUGAGGGCUGAAGCGAAUGAAUCUCGAAGUGCUUUGGCUGUUGAUGCUCUCUCGCAGGUUAAACAUGUUCUGCUUCCAGUCACUGAUCGCAACCCUUACCUUUCUGAAGGCACAAGACAGGCUGCAGCAACAACCACUUCCCUAGCAAAGAAAUAUGGAGCAAACAUUACUGUGGUUGUUAUUGAUGAUAAACCAAAGGAGUCGGUCCCAGAGCACGAUACUCAGCUGUCAAGCAUUAGAUGGCAUCUCUCAGAAGGUGGAUUUUCGGAGUUUGGACUGAUGGAGCGUCUUGGGGAAGGGAAAAAACCUACGGUUAUCAUCGGAGAAGUCGCUGAUGAGUUGGAGUUAGACCUGGUUGUCCUAAGCAUGGAGGCAAUCCACUCGAAGCAUGUUGAUGGGAAUUUGCUGGCUGAAUUCAUCCCGUGUCCUGUUCUACUGCUCCCGCUCUGACAUGCACAUUGAGCUGAUUUUGCGCAUGUAAUGCUUUCGAGGCAAAUGGUCUGUUUUUCUCUUUGAAGAUGUAAUUCCUGCCUAUUGUCUCGAUACGAUGCAUUUGUUUCAGGAUGUUUGUAUUCUUUUGACGCAAUUCUGCUAGACUUGUGAUUAUGUGAAUAUUGCUGAAAAAUCAGAUCAAGUUCCUUAUUGGAAAAA